ACAAAUAGAUUCGAAAUCGAGAGAAUUGAGACAACCCGGAAACGGCGAAUAAAAUAUAGAGUAUUUUUCCGCGGGGCCGACGAGUUGCCCGCGGGAAAGUUCCCCCAGCUUGCUGCCCACCUUGGCAGCCCAACUACAUAUAAAUAAAAUGGUCCAGGAGGUUCUUACUUGACAUUAGGUCUAUAAAAAAUAAUCCUCGAUACAAGAUUCUUCAGUACACUUAAGUAAGCAGAUAUGACCACCAACGGUUCAACCCAACAACCCGACUCACGCCCCGAGCUCUACCAAAAUGUAGACCAAGACGCCCUUCAGAAGAAAACAUCACAGUACCUGUUCAAUUAUGGAACUGAGUUCAUAAAGGACGUCAUCUGUGGUUCAAAGGGUCUUUACGUGUACACGGCGAAUGGCCAUAAGGUCCUUGAUUGGACUUCGGGCCAGAUGUCUUGUUUGUUGGGGCAUGGUCAUCCUGAGAUUGUGAAGACGAUUGCCGAUCAUGCGGCGAACCUCGAUCAUCUGUUUUCGGGGAUGGUGUCCCCGCCGGUUAUUUCGCUGGGUGAGAGGCUUUGUUCGUUGUUGCCGGAUGGGUUGGAUAAGGCGUUUUUUCUGUCUACGGGGGGUGAAUCUAACGAAGCAGCCGUCAAGCUCGCGAAAGUGUACACCGGCAAGUUUGAGGUCGUAGCUGUUAAUGGAUCAUGGCACGGUGUGACGGCACAGGCUCUCAGUGUUCAGUAUCACUACGGAAGAAAAGGGCAGGGACCGCUUAUGCCGGGUAUGCAUAUGUUACCAGCACCUAACGCAUACCGAUCCAUUUUUCGCAAGCCCGACGGUUCAUAUGACUGGGAAACUGAACUUAAUUACGGCUGGAGUUUGAUCGACCAGGCUUCGUGUGGAUCGUUGGCUGCUGUGAUUGUGGAGUGUAUUCAAUCAUCAGCGGGUAUCCAUGUCCUCCCUGAAGGGUACCUCAAAGCUUUAAAAAGGCAUUGCGAGAGACGAGGCAUGCUUCUCAUUGUUGAUGAAGCUCAAACCGGAGUUGGAAGAUGCGGGGAUUUGAUGGCCAUUAUGCAUGAGGGAGUAGUACCCGAUAUCUUGACUUUAAGCAAAACGCUUGGAAACGGUCUCCCGUUAAGCGCUGUGGUGACGAGUGCUGAGAUCGAGAGGGUUUGUGUUGAAAGGGAUUACUGUUUUUAUACGACCCAUGUCAAUGAUCCUUUGCCUGCGGCGGUGGGUAACAAGGUGCUAGAAAUCGUCGUCCGAGACAAUUUGGUCGAACACUCUAGGGCUAUGGGCAAGAUUUUGCAUGACGGGCUUAAGAAAUUGCAGUCUCGGUAUGGAUGCAUCGGAGAUAUUCGCGGAAGGGGGUUGAUGGCUGGUGUGGAGAUCGUAGCUGAUCGAGAAACGAAAGCGCCGGCGACGGAAUUAGCGAGGUUAAUAGCAGAAAGAGCGUAUGAACUUGGUGUCUGGGCGAAUUUGAGCAGUCAUGGGAGCUUCAGUGGAAUUUUCAGAAUUGCGCCUCCGAUCACAGUCACGGAAGAACAGAUACAUGAGGGUCUUGCGAUUCUGGAACAGGCGUUCGCCUCUACGCCGGGGACCUUGAAGCUAUAAUUAAAUCCAAACACCGUAUUGGAAAGAAUGGAGUCAUCCUGAAGACCUUGAUCUUGUUUAACAUAUACCUGCCUGUCUAAAGUAUUAACGCUAGGUCAUUACUUGACAAUGUCGCGCAUUAUGGGGUAG